CUAAGAUUAAUCAAGACUCUACUGAGUACUACUACUCAUCUUGCGGUGUGCGAUGCCACUACUCUCAUGUCAUCACACUCGUGCCACCAUGAUGCCUCGCAUAUAUACCGCGUAUGCCAUUCCUCCCAUGCCCUAUCGUCGACAAUCCAUUCAUCACUGUACCAUCUGUAACACCCGAGUCUUCUGGCCGCCAGCACCAACAAACACUGCCCAAAAUGAACUACUCCAACAUGAUUGAGGAGAAGAACCUCAAGAAAACCUUUAUCAUAGCCACACUAUGCUCUACCCUCGUCGGCACAUUCACCUCGUCAAUGGGUCUAUGGGAUCGCGUCAAAGAGAAACGAAAGCAACAAACCCGCGACACGACGCAAGACGACGAGAUUAAGAAGCUCAAGGCACAGGUCGAUCGUUCCGAAAGGCGAGCGAGAGAAAAUGACCGAGCGAGAGAUAGGAGCCGAGACGCAGAUGAGGUUGGCGCUUCCUUCCGGCAGUCCGGGGCUCUCAUCAGUCGGGAAUUCGAGGAUGGAUACGAACGGCUAGGUCGGAAGUUCGCCAUUGGAGACGUCGUCACCGAAAACAAACUCCAAGCACAGGUCAUCGCCCUCCAGCAAACCGUCAUCGACGUACUACAGGACGCCCUUUACCACGGCCGUCAACUGGACCGCGCCGACAUGGCCAAGCUUGUCGCUGCUUCAGAUGCCGCGCGUGACGGUUCUCUCGGUGCUCUCCGCCAGCAACGACAGCGUCUGCUCAUGGCCACAGAGACACAGCUCCCUCCGCAACUGUCACUUGGGCCUCCCACGCGCGCCUCCACUAUCGUCGAAACACGUCCACCGCAACUGUUGCUUGGACCUCCCAAGCGAGCCUCUACCGUCGUCUCAACGGAUACGCUGUUUUGUCGGUAUAGUCUCGAUAUGCAGUAUAUCAAAAACAAGCCGCUCGCCGCCAGUUUCGCUCCCGGGGGCAACUGCCAAUGUCCCGCCUGUGGGAUGCAACUCGAUGUCGAGUCCGACGACCGCUGGGCGAUUGGGAAGCGUGCCUCGCGGUGGAUAUCGGUGGAGGGAUAUGACAGGGAGAUUGAGGAAGCUAUUGAGUUCGUUGUCGACCAGCGCUUCGUUGUGAAGUGUCACACUCCAGAUGGAGAGUAUGCGUGUAUUCUAUGCAGCAGAUAUCGCGAUGGGGAUAUCAUCUGCGCAACUGCGGAUGCGUUGGUCAACCAUGUGGGCCGAGCCCAUAACAUUGACGAAUUAGAAAGAGAGCCUGACAUACUGGCGAGGUCGUUGGAGCCGGAACGGAGUCUUUACUAAGGGUGUGUUUUUCCCCCUCAUAAUAGAAAAGAGAGGAAUGCCAUCUAAAUAUAGUAUCAAGGUCUACAUCUUACGUAGAAAACAAUCCUUGAAUAAUUUCACAGCGAAGGAAUUCAAGAUGUGCAAUGAACCGGAAGGGCGCGAGGUACUCAGUGCCUAUGGUACGUUCGGACAACUAUUGAGGGAAAAUGACCAGCAUCAAUCGUACGUGGGAUAAACUCUCUUGGC